AUGGUGAACUCGCUGCUGUUCGGGGAGAUGGCCUUGGCCUUCGGCUGCCCGCCGGGCGGCGGCGGGGGCUGCCCCGGCGGAGGCGGCGGCGGCGGCGGUGCCGGGCCAGGGCCGUCGCCGGUGACGGCGGCGCUGCGGGACGACCUGGGCUCCAACAUCCACCUCCUGAAGGGGCUCAACGUGCGCUUCCGCUGCUUCCUGGCCAAGGUGCACGAGCUGGAGCGGCGCAACCGGCUGCUGGAGAAGCAGCUGGAGCAGCAGCAGAGCGAGCGCGAGCGGCGGCUGCGCUACAAGACCUUCUCCCGCGAGCAGGCCGUGCAGACCGGGCCUGAGCUGCUGCGGCCGCCCGCGCCCGGCACCGGGCACUGCAGCGGCGGCGGCGCGGCGGCCGGCGUGAACGCCAACGCCGUGGCCCUGGGCGGCCUGCCCCCCGGCGGCGGCCCGCACCUGCAGCACUACGGCCGCCUGCCCGGGACCAUCUGGAGCUACACGCAGGUGCGGCGCACCGGCGGCGGCGGCGUGGAGACCGUGCAGGGCCCCGGCGUGUCGUGGGUGCACCCCGACGGCGUGGGCGUGCAGAUCGACACCAUCACGCCCGAGAUCCGCGCGCUCUACAACGUGCUGGCCAAGGUGAAGCGCGAGCGCGACGAGUACAAGCGGAGAUGGGAGGAGGAGCUGGCCAAGCGCAUGAACCUUCAGACCAUGGUGGACACGCUGCAGGAGGCGGCGCAGGAGGCUGACGCCAUCCAGGAGGAAAUGAACGAGAAGAUCGAGCGGCUUAAGGCCGAGCUGGUGGUGUUUAAGGGGCUCAUGAGUGACCCCAUGACAGACCUGGACACAAAGAUUCAAGAAAAGGCCAUGAAGGUGGACAUGGACAUCUGCCGCCGAAUCGAUAUCACAGCCAAGCUGUGCGAUGUCGCACAGCAGCGGAACUCGGAAGACGUGUCCAAGAUCUUCCAGGUGGUCCCCAAAAAGAAAGAGCGCAAGGUGGCUUCAGAUGAUGACAUCUCCGAGCAGGACGGAGAGGCGAACCGGUUCUCGGAUGAUGAGGUGGGCUCCAUGAACAUCACAGACGAGAUGAAACGCAUGUUCAACCAGCUGCGGGAGACCUUUGACUUUGACGACGACUGUGACAGCCUGACGUGGGAAGAGAACGAGGACACGCUGCUGCUCUGGGAGGAUUUUACCAACUGCAACCCAACCAUCGACCUGCAGGGCGAGCAAGAGGAAAACUUGGGAAACUUGAUCCAUGAGACCGAAUCCUUCUUCAAGACGAGAGACAAGGAGUACCAGGAAACGAUAGGUCAGAUCGAGCUGGAGCUGGCCACAGCCAAGAGCGACAUGAACCGCCACCUGCACGAGUACAUGGAGAUGUGCAGCAUGAAGCGCGGCCUGGACGUGCAGAUGGAGACCUGCCGCCGGCUCAUCAAAGGUUCCGCAGACAGGGACUCACCGUCCCCCAGCUCCGUGGCCAGCAGCGACUCAGGAAGCACAGACGAGAUCCAGGAUGAGUUCGAGCGGGAGGCAGACGUGGAGCCCAUGGUCAGCUGAUGACCGAGGCCACGCGCGCCUGGUGGUCUUGGUGAUGGGGCCCCUGCCCCUCUCCCCACGGGGCCAGGAGGGCUCCUCGGAGCGGGGCUCCAGUCCUCCCCACACAGACUUCCUACACCCUCCCUUCUCUGGAGGCCCCGAGGGACCGACUGCUGCUUCCUUCCUUCCUUCCACCGCCCACCACCAACCGACCCUUCUCCACCCACCCACCCACCCACCCAGGAAUGGUGCUGUCAAUUUCUAUUGUUCUCCACAUCACAAAUGCAGACUUCUGUCCGGAC